CUCAAACCCAGCGCUUCAUCCUUCUAAAAACUUCAAUUUCAUAGUUUUUUAAAACCAAUGAUCUUUUUACAAGUUUACAAAAAACGCAUUAAGCAAUAUUUUCCAUGAUGUAGGAGAUUAUCAAUGGCAUGACAAAAAAAAAUAAAUAAUACUGAAAAAAAUGAUAUACUGUUUUACAAAUGAUCGAUAUGGUGAGGGCGCUGGGUUUGAGGCUACGGUGGGCAAGCCGUGUGCGCAUGUCACUUCACUUGGACGAUCUCUUUCUGUCGUAGCAUCUGGAGGUGAGUGGUUGUACGUGGUUUACGCAUAGGAGUAUAAUCCGUCGAUUUUCUUACCAAAAAGGUAGCAUCGGGCUUCAGUUUUAUUUCAGAGUUAAUCAACAAAGUUUUAUCAAAACUUCACAAUGGGAAAAGAGAAGAUUCAUAUUAACAUUGUUGUCAUUGGACACGUCGAUUCUGGAAAAUCAACUACCACUGGUCAUUUAAUCUACAAAUGCGGUGGUAUUGAUAAACGUACAAUUGAGAAAUUCGAGAAGGAAGCUCAGGAAAUGGGCAAAGGUUCCUUCAAAUAUGCCUGGGUAUUGGACAAACUAAAGGCUGAACGUGAACGUGGUAUUACCAUUGAUAUUGCCCUGUGGAAGUUUGAAACUUCCAAAUAUUAUGUUACUAUUAUUGAUGCUCCUGGACACAGAGAUUUUAUCAAGAACAUGAUUACUGGUACCUCUCAAGCUGAUUGUGCCGUACUGAUUGUUGCUGCUGGUACCGGUGAAUUUGAAGCUGGUAUUUCAAAGAAUGGACAAACCCGUGAGCAUGCUCUGCUCGCUUUUACUCUUGGUGUAAAACAGCUGAUUGUUGGUGUUAACAAGAUGGACUCCACUGAACCACCAUACUCUGAGACCCGAUUUGAGGAAAUUAAGAAAGAAGUGUCAUCUUACAUUAAGAAAAUUGGUUACAAUCCAGCUGCUGUCGCAUUCGUGCCAAUUUCUGGUUGGCAUGGGGAUAAUAUGUUGGAAGUCUCUGCAAAAAUGCCUUGGUUCAAGGGAUGGACUGUCGAACGCAAGGAAGGCAAAGUUGAAGGAAAAUGCCUUAUUGAAGCGCUUGACGCCAUUCUUCCGCCAACAAGACCUACAGACAAGGCCCUCCGUCUUCCUCUUCAAGAUGUAUACAAAAUUGGUGGUAUUGGAACAGUACCAGUUGGUCGUGUUGAAACUGGUGUAUUGAAACCAGGUAUGGUUGUCACAUUCGCACCUGCUGGUUUGACUACUGAAGUCAAGUCUGUCGAAAUGCAUCACGAAGCUUUGCAAGAGGCUGUUCCUGGUGACAAUGUCGGUUUUAACGUCAAGAACGUAUCGGUUAAAGAAUUGCGCCGUGGUUAUGUUGCUGGCGAUUCAAAGAACAACCCACCUAAAGGUGCUGCUGAUUUUACUGCACAGGUUAUUGUGUUGAACCAUCCCGGCCAAAUCAGUAAUGGAUAUACGCCAGUAUUGGAUUGUCAUACUGCACAUAUUGCGUGUAAAUUCGCUGAUAUCAAAGAAAAGUGCGACCGUCGUAAUGGAAAGACCACUGAAGAAAAUCCUAAAUCUAUCAAAUCGGGAGAUGCUGCCAUUGUUAUGCUCGUACCGAGCAAGCCUAUGUGCGUCGAAGCUUUCCAAGAAUUCCCGCCACUAGGUCGUUUUGCUGUUCGUGACAUGCGUCAAACAGUAGCCGUUGGUGUUAUUAAAGCUGUCAAUUUCAAGGAUGCUGCGGGCAAGGUCACCAAGGCUGCCGAGAAAGCCCAGAAAAAGAAAUAACUAGUUUCCGUAUAUGUGUAUCGCCAGAUGGGCUUCGGCGUAUAGUAGCUAAAAUAGUUUACCUUCUUUUUUCACGUUCCUCGCACGAGAACAACGUUACGUUGUUCCCAUUGGAGACUGUAAUAUUUUCUAUGAAAUCGCGAUCAAUAAUUAAAGAUAGUAGAAUCGGUAAAGAAUCGCGAAGACUGGCAUUUUUUGUGCAUGUAAUUGCAUCUUUGCCACAUUUUUUUGAUAUUCGUAUAUUCCAUUUAUCGAAAUGGUUACUUCGUCAUUUUUCUCAUCGUAAAGAAUUUCGUAGGAAAGGUAAAAACAGUCAACAAUGGUGUAUGAAACCAAUGUUCUCGUCUGUGAGUUCCAUGAGAAAAGAAAGUAAACUAUGAAAAGCUACUUAUAACACCUGUUUCACAAGAACAUUAACAUCAUAAUUUAGCUCGGCUUAAUUAUAUUUUCUAAUUAUUAUACGGAAAUAAAUCCUAUAUCUGCGAUAUUUGAGAAACAUCUCAUUAUUAUUUUUUUGCCGCCGUUAUUAAUUAAUCAUAGUCAUCCUUUUAUCGUAAAAUGCUUCAUAUUUCCGAAUCUUUUUUCGUAAAAUUUAAUUAAAGAAAUUAAUGAUUUUUAAAAUUUUUCAUAAGUCGGGAUACAUCGAUACAAAAAAAAUUGGGAGCGAGAAAAAGGAAAAUUUAGUAGUUCCAGUAUAAAUUUGGUUGGGAGACGGGACCUGUUUUUUUAUUACUUUCUGAUUACCUGACUAGGUAAGGAAUUGAACUGCUAAAAAUAUAUACACAAACACUUUUCUACUAUACAUGUCUUUACAAAGAUUUACCUUAUCUUUUUACACGUUCUAUAUUAAAAAGAAGUAUGUGCGGAAAUAUGAUUGCUCCACAAUGGUACAGCAUUUUUAGCCGCGAUUUUCCGAUUAAAAUUGGUUAACAACGGUUUUCUGUACAUACAUAGAGAUAACAAUAAUGAAUAAAAAUAAAGGAGCUACAGAAACAA